AUGGCACAAUUCUCUGAUUCUUCCUAUAACACUAAACUGUAUGCUUCCUACAGACCAGAGUAUCCACAAUCAUUCUACAAGAUAUUGACUGAAGCCCUUGAACCCAAGAAUAUACCUGUCAAUCGAGUAAUUGAUCUUGGAUGUGGUACUGGAGUAGCCACAUAUCCCCUCUUAGAACUAGGGAAGGAAGUCAUUGGCUUAGAUUUAUCUCAAGGUAUGAUUGACACUGCCAACAAGCUAAAACAAGAACGAUUGUUGAAAGCAGGUAUUUCCGAUGCUUCGAGGAUCACUUUUAUUCAGGGACGUGCUGAAGAUUUCAGAGACCAACCAGAAUCAUUUGAUUUGAUUACGUGCGCUGAGUGUUUGCAUUGGUUUACAGACUAUGAGUCUUUCUUCCGAGAGACUUAUAAACUCUUGACUCCAGGAGGCUUAUUGGCUUAUUGGUAUUACAUUGAUCCCUUGAUCAUGGACUACACUGGUAGUGACAAGGCACUGGAAGAAGAAAACCAAAGGAUCUUUAGCGCUGCCAAAGCCAUCUAUUGCAAAUAUGUCUAUGACGAUCCAAAGUAUAUGGGUCCUCAUUGGGAACAACCUGGUCGUUCUAUAGUCCAAAAUGGAUAUCGUGAAAUUGACUCCAAGAUCCCUAGAGAACUUUUCACGGGGACUACAGUUCAAGCCUUUGAACCAGCAACGGCCAAAUCAGUACCUUCUAGUAAAGAUUUAGUGUUGGAAAAGACGAUUGGAUUGAAUGACUUUGGCGACUAUCUAAAGACCUUCUCGGCCUAUUCUGCUUAUAAAAAGGCCACGAAUGAUCCAGACAAUGUCAUAGAGUUGGUACUUGAACUGUUGGAGCGAGAAUGUGGCUGGGAUAGAUCUACUACUAACAUCAAGAUCCUGUGGAAGACAGGUUAUACAUUCUUAAGAAAGUAA